AUGGUCUUUACCAUAGAAGAAAUAAACAGGAAUAACGAGUUGCUUCCAAACACUACUCUGGGUUACAAGAUCUUAGACAGCUGCGGCACACCGUCUCAGGGACUUAAAGGAGCCCUGACAUUACUAAACGCACAGGAUGAAACCGUUGCUAAUUACGCAUGUGCUGAAUUUCCAUCCGUACCGGUCAUUGUUGGAGAUGGAGGAUCAUCGCAAUCUGUGGUCGUUGCAAGAAUGGUGGCUCCGUUCAGCGUCAGCAUGAUUAGUUAUUUUUCUUCCUGCAAUUGUUUGAGUGAUAAGCGUGAAUUUCCAACAUUUUUCAGAACUAUUCCUAGUGAUUCUGUACAAAUCAAAGCAUUAGUCAAGCUUGUACGACAUUUUAAAUGGAAUUGGGUUGGAGUUGUGGCACAAGACAAUGAUUACGGUCGAUUUGGAAUGAUGGCGUUUAUUGAAGAGAUUGCAAAAUUUCAAACUUGUGUUGCUUUUAUUGAAUUCAUCUCACCUGUUGGUACUGCAGAACGAUUGCCAGAAGUAAUGGAGACAAUUAAAAAAUCAUCUGCUAAAGUGGUCAUAGUAUUUUGUGCAGAGAGGUUUACGGCUGGUUUGCUGAAAGAACUCACACUGAAUAACAUUACUGAUAUCCAGCUAAUAGCAAGUGAAGCCUGGGUCACAUCAGUCCAACUAUGGACAGCAGAAACUGUGAAGUUGUUGUCUGGAACAAUUGGAUUUGGAAUAAGGAGAGUGGAAAUUCCAGGACUUAAAGAGUUUCUAUUGAAUGUGCAUCCUUCCAAAACACCGCACAACCCGUUUGUCGAAGAACUCUGGCAAGACGUUUUUGGCUGCAGUGUAAAAAUCUCAAAAGAAACGUUGGCUAGCAAUAAAUCAUCAUCUUCUUUGAAACCGUGUACAGGCUCAGAGAGUUUAGGGGCAAUUAAUACUGCAUACAGUGAUGUGUCUGAGUUAAGGGGUUCCUACAAUGUUUACAAAGCUGUGUAUGCUGUGGCCCAUGCCCUUCAUAAUCUGCAAUUGUGUGAAGAUGGGAAAGGACCGUUUGCCAACAAAACCUGUGGUAGCAAGUCAAAUAUUCUGCCUUGGCAGCUUUUGUACUACAUAAAGCAGGUGAAAUUCCUCAAUAAUUUUGGAGAAGAGAUAAGCUUUGAUAAGAACGGAGAUCCCGUGGCUUCCUAUGAUCUGAUAAACUGGCAGAAGGGAGAAAAUGGGACUGUGCGGUUUGUUCAGGUUGGUUUUUAUGAUACAGCAUUGCCAGUCGGAAAGGCACCAGUCUCAGUGUGCAGUAAAAGUUGCCUUGCAGGGACAAGGAAAGCAGCUAAAACAAACCAACCCAUUUGCUGCUUUGAUUGUGUACCUUGUGCUGAAGGAACGAUUAGUAAUCAAACAGAUUCGAUAGAGUGCUUCACCUGUCCGUUCGAACAAUGGUCCAAUGGUCAACGAGAUCAGUGCAUUCCAAAAGACAUUGAAUUCCUGUCUUUUAAUGACAGCAUGGGAAUAACAUUUUUGGCGGUAUCUCUGUUUGGCGCUUUUAUGUCCGGGUCUGUUGCAGCUGUUUUCUUAUAUUUCAAAAACACUCCCAUUGUAAGGGCCAACAAUUCGGAACUAAGUUUCCUUCUUCUGAUCUCGUUAAUACUAUGCUUUCUGUGCUCUGUUGCGUUCAUUGGACAGCCAUCUCCGUGGUCAUGUAUGGUGCGGCAUACUGUGUUUGGAAUCAGUUUUGUUCUAUGUAUUUCUUGUAUUCUUAGUAAAACGCUGGUCGUCCUGAUGGCAUUUAAAGCAACCCUUCCGGGCAGUGAUGUGAUGAAAUGGUUCGGACACAAACAACAAAGGUCAAUUGUCUUUCUGUGUACAUUGAUUCAAGCCAUAAUAUGCGUGAUCUGGUUGGUGACAUCUCCUCCACUCCCAUCUAAAAACGUCAAGUAUCAAAGUGCAAAGAUUAUCCUUGAGUGUGACGUAGGUUCUACAGUUGCCUUCUGCUUUGUGUUUGGUUACAUCGGAUUUUUGGCGGGCGCAUGUCUAUUUUUAGCUUUUAUGGCUCGAGCUUUACCAGACAAGUUCAAUGAAGCUAAAUUCAUAACUUUCAGCAUGCUCAUAUUUUUUGCAGUUUGGGUAACAUUUAUCCCCGCUUACGUAAGCACACCCGGAAAAUACACUGUGGCUGUAGAAAUAUUUGCAAUUUUAGCAUCAAGUUUUGGGUUGCUGAGUUGCAUCUUUGCUCCGAAAUGUUACAUUAUCUUGUUAAAACCGGAAGAGAAUACUAAAAAACAUUUGAUGUGUAAAUGA